AUGGCUGUCCAGACGGGCAUCCAGGUGUGGUUCGGCGAAAAGUUCGACGCCCCAGUACUGAGACCACGGAGUCCCCGCAGCCCCUUGGCGCAGCGUCACGGCCCUGGAUUGGCUGACGUCUUCCAGUACGACCAGUGGCUAGCGGUUCGACAUGAAGCCACCUUGGUGCCAAUGCAAGAGGACCUCGCGAUCUGGCUCACUGGCAUGCUGGAAGAGGAAGUCAGGGCCGAAUUCUUCAUGGAGGAGCUGAACAACGGCGUGAAACUCUGCCAGCUUAUCGGAGUGCUGCAGACUAAGAUCGCUCAGAGUUGCCCCUCUGCGAUAGGAAAGCUCUUUCCGACAAGAAAAGUCGCAUGUAAACGUGACGCUUCCCCAGGUUCCUUCUUCGCCCGUGACAACACCGCCAACUUCCUGUCCUGGUGCCGGCAUAUCGGCGUGGAAGAGACGUACCUCUUUGAAUCUGAGGGUCUCGUGCUGCACAAGGAACCCAGGCAGGUCUGCCUAUGCCUUCUGCAAAUUGGACGCAUCGUCUCCAAGUACGGAGUGGAGCCUCCUGUGUUGGUGAAAUUGGAGAAGGAGAUCGAGCUGGAGGAAACGCUUCUUCUGACCGAGGAGCCUCCUCCGGCGGUCCAGACUUUCAGUGUGUGCUGCCAACAUGGUGGCCUCUACCAUUCAGGGGAGCACGGUGGGGACGACCCGCCUUGCAACUGCUCCAACAGGGUGUCCAUUGAGUACCUGUCAGAGGGUCGCUACCGACUUGGGGACAAGACCAUCUUUAUUCGGAUGCUUCAUGGUAAACACGUGAUGGUGCGCGUUGGUGGCGGUUGGGACACGCUGCGUGGCUUCCUCAGCAAAUAUGACCCACUACGCGUGCUUCAAUUCACCACUUUGGAGCAGAAGAUUCUGGCCUUUCAGAAGGGACCACCAGGCUUAGGGGGCCACCACAGCACUGCAACAGCAGCUCCCCCUCCUGAAAUGGACCCUUUAGCAGCCGUCGACGACCUCAUCUCUUCAUCCUCCUCCGUGUCGUCGUCGUCUUCGUGCUCCAGCUCUGCCAGUAAGGCGACAACGCCCGUCCCGGGUCAGACGUGUCGCUCGUACGCGACCACACCAGUGUGUACGCCCACCUUGCCCAGAAAAGGGGUCGGCGUGGCACCAAAGAAGAACCUCCAGACAGCCACGCCGGCACUAAGGAAGCCUACCCAACUGCCCCUGCCUGUCACCAGCAAAGCCUACUCCUCGUCUCUGCCCACCACACCUGUGGGCAACUCCAAGCAGCCUCCCAGUCCAGUGCAGGUUCAACGUAAGGCUGUGACACCGCAAUCAGACCCCUACUGUACGUCCAAACUCAGGCUUAGACCACCCACACGAGUCCCCGCCUCUCAACCGAGAAGUCCAGUAUGCCCCGAGCCUUCUUCCAAAUGCCCCAAACCCUCAAGUCCCACUACUACUACUGCCCCCAAAGACGGCAAACCCCCAACAGGCGUCACCCAACGUACCCGCUUAGCACAGCGCCGCCCCGGCUCCCCCGCCUCGCGCCUCCGUUUAGAGACAAGGAGGGUCCGCGCAUCGCCAACAAAUCCGAGCUCGCGAACAGCCUCCCCGGCACCACAAAAGCCAUCGUCCCUGCCAAUUAAAGACACCGCAUCCAAGACCAAGAUUGCCGUCCCCCUCCCACGAGGCGUCGCUGCUCCUUGGCGUCUCCCUGGGGGCAAUGCCGCCACCGCCCCCAACAUUAAAACCAACCAGAAAGAAGCCAUAACAAUACAGAAGGCGGCUCAGAAAGCAACUACCGUCACGAAACCCGCGUUACCUCGCGUCACCACCCACCAAAACCCCUCUUCCGAUGUCAAAACAAAAACGGAUGCAGGAACGAGCAGGAAAAUCCCUCAGUAUAAGGGAAAACGUGAAGACCCUUAUUUUGAAAUGAACUAUCGGAGAAGACAGAAGACAUAA